AUAAGCUUAAACAAAAACGAGCAAAGGAAGAUUAAAACAAGUAAGGAGCCGUUCCAAUUACGAAACCUGCCUACUACUACUACUGCCGAACUGACUACCAUGGAGGCUUCCUUCAAACAGAAACUUGUUGAAAGUUUCAUGAAGGGCCAUCUUGAGGACAAGAAAACACGGAUCAGUCCAGGCACUGUUAACUUAAUGGCAGAGGUAAUGCAGCUAAUUGUAAGAGAAGGUGCUACGAGAGCUGCUCACCAAGCAAAGCAAGAAGAGUCUGAGCUAGUAGAACUUCAGCAUAUGGAGAAGAUAAUGGCUCAGUUUGGGUAUACUUCAGCGAUAGCUGGUUUGGUCAUUGAGCUUUUUAAAGGUAAUUAACUUUUCACAG